AUGGCGAUAAAAUUAAUAUUGUUCGUUUUUUGUAUGUUUGUUGCGGUUCAGCUUUCGGUGCAGAAAUCUCAGAUAGGCCCAGAUUGCACAGAUAGUAUGUUACAAGAAGUAAAGGAACACAUCGAUGAAUGUUUCUUGAUAACGUGUUCUUCUGGAAAAGCGAGAAUUUUUGCAUGUUUGAAUGACAUUUGCCCACCCGGUCAAAUGCCUGUUGGCCAUGAACCAAAUGACAAUACCCAAAAUUAUCCAGGAUGUUGUGGACAAUUAAUUUGCGUCAAUGUUACUAGACCAGCACGUUAG